CAUAUAGUUUAGGCACCCUGUCUCGUCUUAAGCUGUACUUUGUUUUCUUUACCUCUACGUAUCUGACAUGCUGAGCACUUAUUCUAACUAAACCAAAAAUAAUCUUAUAAAUCAUGCACAUUCUGUUUCAUACUUUCUGACUCCAUUUAUCAGCAUAUCGCUUUCAGACACAUUUCCACCAUAACUUUCUGAGACAACCGCUCCACAUUGUCCAGUAUACGUAUUCAUAAAUUCAGGCAAAACUGCUGGAUAGAUACCAUUCGGAUCUCUAGAAAAGGACCUGUAUUAGCAGCUGUAAUUGGGAAAAGACUCUUUUUAGCUUACGGCUUUAGAAAAAUUUGAUCACCAGUGACUGUAGUUGAUUUUUUGGAACAUGCUGUGUUUGAACAUCGACUACCACCGGUAAAUGAUUGUACUUGUUUGACAUGGCGAAAAACAGUUUCUUCCAAAAAACCAAAAAGGUCAUAAACAUCUUUUACUUUGGUUUUUUUUCAUCGGUCAGCAAAUCGUGUUUCAAAAUCCAAUACAUUCUAGCAUUAUUUCACCCAUUGGAAUCUAAAAGUUUUGAAUAACGACGGGCAGGUAAGUUAUUAGAGAUUACUCACCAACAAUACGAAACGUUCUUCGCAAAGUUGUAUAUACUGAAGCAUUUGCUUGGAUUUCGUUUCUUGUUAGUCUCGAAUUUUAUAAAGUGCAUCAAGUGCAUACAAACCACAAUCCAAAGCACAGGUAUUGGUAAUAGUAUAUUUUUUAUCACCAAAACGAUGAUCUCGAACUUUCCAUGUCGGCCAAGGAAUACGAUGUGCAAGCAGUAUUGAUUGAGAAGAAGUGGUGCUGGUAGGUUGUUUUAUUAUUGUUGUUGCACAAGAAUGGUGUUGAUUUCCGGAAGAUUCACCUCUAACUGUAGUAUUUUGUAAAACAAAAUCUUUUUCUCCGUAUCUACUAUUCGGCUUACAGACACGCGUACUUCUUCUACUGCUUGAUGAACUAAUACUACUUUCUUGGGCACUUUGGGAUGAUUGGUUAAAAGAAUCGCUGCCGGUUUGCGACUCAUCCUGGAUAUCACUAUCACUCAUAUGCUCUGUUUCUUUAUCUAAUGAAUUCCUGGUUACACUUGAGAAAAAAAGAGAUAAAUCGCUUAAGUUAAAACUUAAGGAAAUGAAGCAGAGCGCUCUUUUUAGUAAAUUUUCUCACCUAAGUUGUUUAUCUUUAUCCUGAAGAUCAUCAUGACUUUCCAUCAACAUUCUUCUUUUUUUAUGACACGAAAGUAAUUAAAUUGACACGAAAGUGUUAUACUGUGCAAUUAAAUUAUAAUAUAUUUUUGACAGGUUGUAUCACUAAGUGAACGAUGCAGGGAGUGUUCAGUUGAUUAUUGUGAAGUUUAAAUAUAUACGUAUUUUUUUGUCAUAUUCUUCCCCGUACUAUCAGAUUUUACUCAGCGGGAAUAAAGCUGUUAAUCACUUCACACCAACGUUCGGAAAAAAUUUGUUUUGUACAGUUAAGAAAAAAACUUUUCUUCUCACAACUGAAGAAAAAAAUUUCAUUCGCUGUUGAAAAUAUAUCUGUUGAUAAUUAUUAUUGUUCUAUGUUCGUCUAAAGGUCCUUACUGAUUCCAUGUCAAAUAUGGCCUUAUUAACAAUAACAAUAUUAAUAUGUAUUACUAUUCCUGUUAUUGAAAAUAAUAAAGAUUCGAUCUUUAACCAUAUUAUGUCUGAAGAACCAUUAAUUGUUGAUGAGACAUCGGAUGUUGUAUUGAUUCGUCACGGUGAUUAUUAUGAAGUAGAAGAUUUAUUUGCAUUGGCCUUAUCGGUUCCGAUUACAGAACGCAUGUGUAAAGAAGAAAAUUCUCAUAAACAUUCGGAUACAUCACAUAAUGUAACAUUUGAAGAAUUUACUAAUUCAACGCAUCAUCGUUCAAAACGAAUACUUCCGUUAAUUCCUCUUGUAGUCGGUGGAAUAGGCUGUUUAGCUGCUUUGGUAUCAGGCAUUUUUAACGUUGAUAAUGCAUAUAAAACUUCUGAAUUAGCAUCUCGUCUAUCACAAGUUGUACAUACAUUGACAGAAAUGGGCUUUCAUUUUAACACAAUGCAGUCAACAUUGUACAACGUAACUGCUACUACAAUUGAUCUAGCUAAACGUUUCGAUCAAAGUGAAUUGAAUCAACAAAAUCUAGAAAAGACGACUCUAGAUUUAGUUAUCAAAAUGAAGAAUAUUCAAGAUGUUGCAGACGAACUGAUAUAUUAUAAUGUUGACAAAGAAAUUGAGCGUAAAUUCAAACGUUUAAAACAGUCUAUUUCACUUACUGAUCUCAAUUUUGACUUCUUAGGUAUGCAUGCGCAGGAUGAAUUGAUUGAAUUAGCAAAUCCUCCAGUAACACAUGAGCAAAUAGGAAACGAAUAUCUUGAACAAAUUGUGGCGGGAGCAGGUAUACAUAAGUGUUAUUCAAAACCUACGGCUUAUAGUUCUCCAUAUACUGUACGUAUUUCGCCAGUGAAUACCGAACGAACAGAUAGAUCAACGCACAGCCAACAAUUAGUAGUAACAUCACCACAGCAACAUCUCGCCAAUCCAAAUGAAAUUGUUUUUGGUGCGCAUCAAAAAUGUUCUUAA